UAAACAUAGUGAUUAUUUUGACCACGUGGUGUUUGGCUAAAAAUAUCAUCCAAUCAAGUGUUUUCGAGAAGGAGCAGUGGAUCGACGUCCAAUCAGACAACUGUAGUGGGUUUCCAAGCAGUUCGUGUGACUAAUGCCUGUCAUAUGACUCUGCCACAAAUGGGGUUAGUUUUAAGGAACUAAGGCUGCACUUGGAUUUGGAAGAAAGCGAGACUUUCUAAAAUGCCUCCAACUCUUUUUCAGAAACUUUUUAAUAAAAGAAAUUCAAUUUCGCCGCCCCCAAGAUGCAACAAAGAGGACCCCGCGUUCAGCUGGUCAUCCCCACAGCUGGACCCUAGCCAGAUCAGAUUGAUACUGUACCAAGACUGUGAGCGACGGGGGAGAAAUGUCCUCUUCGAUUCCAGUUCCAAAAAGAGGAGCGCAGAGGAAGCCCCUGCCUCGCAGAAGAUGUGCAGUAGCGAGGCCCAGGUGAAGAUGUAUGGGAAGUGCUGCCAGCUGAGGCCUACAGGGGGCAGCUCCAACUCUCUGGACAGUUCCUGUGCCGCCGAGGCCCGGGAACCCAGGGAACAAGGGCUGCGCUUCCAGGGGUUGCGGUGUUCCUCUGAUGCCAACAUGUUGGGGGAGAUGAUGUUUGGCUCGGUGGCCAUGAGCUACAAGGGCUCCACACUCAAGAUCCACCAGAUACGGUCCCCCCCUCAGCUGAUGCUGAGUAAAGUGUUUACAGCCCGAACUGGGAGUAGUGUCUAUGGCAGCCUUAACACACUGCAGGACAGCCUGGAGUUCAUGGGUCAGGACCCCAAUUCUUUGAGGCCUGAUCAGAACACUGUGACCAACGGCCUCCUGGGGAACAUAGGCCAUAGCAACCCCAUGGACAUGCCGGGCAGAAGCCUGUAUGACGAGAGAGACAGCGGCAUCGCCAGAUCAGCGUCUCUGAGCAGUCUGUUGAUUACUCCGUUCCCCUCCCCGGGCUCCUCCCUCACCAGCAGCCAGGCCAGUAGCUACCAGAGACGCUGGCUCCGCAGCCAGACCACCAGUCUGGAGAACGGGGUCUUCCCAAGAUGGUCUGUGGAAGAAAGCUUCAACAUGUCGGACGAGAGCGGAGGUCCCAGCCUGGGCGUGGCCAGGAAGAAGAAGAUAGCCAUCGGUGUCAUCUUCCUCCUCUCCCAGGACGAGGAGGAGAACAUCAAAUUCCAGGACUUCUUCUUCUCCCACUUCCCCCUCUUCGAGAGCCACAUGAACAAACUGAAAAGUGCCAUUGAACAGGCCAUGAAAAUGAGCCGGCGAUCAGUUGAUUCCAGUCAGAGGGCUCUGGCCUAUAGCCGCAUGGUGGAUGGCCUCAAUGAAUUCAGGACGACCAUCGUCAACCUUUACACCAUGCCCCGUGUGGCCGAGCCCGUUUGGCUCACCAUGAUGUCUGGAGCCCCCGAGAAGAACCAGCUCUGUGGACAUUUCAUGAGGGAGCUCGCCCUACUCAUGGAGCAGGCCUCAAAGAACCAGUUCCUCCCUGCCCUCCUCACAGCCAUUCUCACCAACCACCUGGCCUGGGUGCCCACUGUCAUGCCCAACGGACAGCCGCCGAUCAAGAUCUUCCUGGAGAAACACUCUUCUCAGAGCGUGGAUAGGCUGGCCAAGAGCCACCCCUACAACCCACUGUGGGCCCAGCUCGGUGACUUGUACGGGGCCAUCGGCUCCCCGGUGCGUCUGUCCAGGACAGUAGUGGUGGGGCGGAGACGGGAGCUAGUCCAGCGACUCCUCUAUGUGCUCACCUACUUCAUCCGCUGCUCUGAGCUGCUGGAGACCCACAUGCUGGACAGCACUGAGGACGAGGCCAUCGUCAUCCCAGGCUCUCUCAUCACCACCUCGCUGCAGCGUGGGGAGGUGGAGGAGUCAGACUAUGUGCUGGUCACUGUGCACAAGCCCAGCGGAGACUACCUCAGCCAGGGUCCCGAGCCCCAAGAGGACAGCAGCUACCCCUCACACAGCAACAACAGCUUGCAGUGCAGCACCUACACUGAGGCUGGCCCUAAGGAGGGGGGCAGUAGUAACAACAGCCAGGGCUCCAAGAACAGUGUCCUGCAGGCCCAGGCCCACUCCAGCCACAACACUAACGCUGUGCCCAUCAUCCACAUGGAGGAUGUUAGUGAGCCCACGCCGCUCAAGGAGUCACCAACUGCCUUUCUGGAGGCCAAGCUGGAAACAGUGGUGCGUGUGGGCUCCGCCUCCCCCAGGGAGAAGGUGGUGCGUGUGGGCUCCGCCUCCCCCAGGGAGCAGGUCUGUGUGCUGCUGGAGACGAUGCCUGAGACCGAGUUAGAGGUCAAGGCCAGUGAGAAGGAGGGGGUGGGGAGUCUGCCCAUCAAGGUGUUCCACUCUUCUGGGAUACCACUGGAGAAGAAGCCCCCUGACAAGACCGUACCUGUACCUGUACCCGGACCCUUUCUGUCAAAACACCAGGAGGAGCCGGCCACCAAAGUGCUGUUUCUCAUCGGCGACCCCCAGUCUCCGGGAACAGACACAGAGAGCAGGAGGAGGAAGCUUGAGGAGGACAUUAAGAAGCACAAGAAAUGCAUCAAAGAGAAACGGAGGCAGCAACCGCAACAGCAACUGCAACAACAACAGCAGCAACCACUACUACAACAACAACAGCAACCGCAGCAACAACAGCAACCGCAACAACAGCAACAACAGCAACCACAGCAACCGCAGCAACAACAACAGCAACCGCAACAACAGCAACUACAACAACCGCAGCAACAACAACAACUACAACAACAGCAACCGCAACUACAACAACAGCAACCGCAACAACAGCAACCGCAACAACAGCAACCGCAACAACAGCAACCGCAACAACAGCAACCGCAACAACAGCAACCGCAACUACAGCAACCGCAACCACUACAACAGCAACCGCAACCACUACAACAACAGCAGCAGAGUGGAUGCGGUGACGGCGGUGAUCAGAGGGUGAAGUCUACUACCAGCAUAUCACCCGACCAAACCAAGACCAAUGCUGGCGGAAAGAAGACUCUGAUGCGUGUCUUCAGCAAGAUGCCCCAGUGGAACCCUGUCAGCGAGGAGUGCUCAGAGCUGUUCGACGAGUACUUCAGUGAUGACAGCCUUGUAGAGACCAGGACUAUAGACGAUGUGGCGAAAUGCCUGGACUUGUCAAACGGCACGGACAAAACCCAGAAAGAGCUUCUGGACCCUUCGGGAGUCCAGAGUAGCAGUUGCUGUAAGGGACAUGGGGAUCAGGGACAGAAGGGAACAGGGCUGGUGGGUGUGGGACCGGGGGCUGACGUCCAGGCCAGGUGUGGGGGGGAGGCUGACGUCCAGGCCAGGUGUGGGUGGGGGGCUGACGUCCAGGCCAGGUGUGGGGGGGAGGCUGACGUCCAGGCCAGGUGUGGGGGGGAGGCUGACGUCCAGGCCAGGUGUGGGGGGGAGGCUGACGUCCAGGCCAGGUGUGGGGGGGAGGCUGACGUCCAGGCCAGGUGUGGGGGGGAGGCUGACGUCCAGGCCAGGUGUGGGGGGGAGGCUGACGUCCAGGCCAGGUGUGGGGGGGAGGCUGACGUCCAGGCCAGGUGUGGGGGGGAGGCUGACGUCAAGACCAGGUGUGGGGGGGAGGCUGACGUCCAGGCCAGGUGUGGGGGGGAGGCUGACGUCCAGGCCAGGUGUGGGGGGGAGGCUGACGUCCAGGCCAGGUGUGGGGCGGAGGCUGACGUCCAGGCCAGGUGUGGGGGGGAGGCUGAUGUUAAGACCAGGUGUGGGGGGGAGGCUGACGUCCAGGCCAGGUGUAGGUGUGGCUCUACAGACACAUCAGAGGCACGCUCCUGUAGAAGUUGUUCUGCUGAGCAGAACAUGUGCAUCCUGAUUUCAGUAACCGUCCCCAAAGGGGCCCAACAAAAGAAGGGGGCCCCGCUUAAUGACUGUGAGAUCCCUCGGAACGAGAGUUCGGACAGUGCGCUUGGGGACAGCGAGAGCGAAGAUGCAGGGCAGGACGUCCACAGGCAGAGUGAUAGCGACACCUACUACAAAGAUGAUCAGGAGCCAGAUGAGUGGCAGGAAGAGGUGGAGGUCCCCUUCCCUGGGUCAAAGUUGGUGGAGCAUUUCUCCAAACCGAGCAUUGCCAACUUUGGGAGGUCACUGUUCGGAGGGUACUGCACAACCUAUGUGCCGGACUUUGUUCUGCAGGGGAUGCCCAACGAUGACAAACUCAGGCAGGGCCUCAUGUCAGAAUUAGCCCACGCUGUACAGCAUCCAGUGUUGGAUGAGCCCAUUGCAGAGGCGGUCUGCAUUAUCGCAGACACUGAUAAGUGGACGGUGCAGGUAGCCAGCAGCCAGAGACGAGCCACGGACAACAACAAACUGGGGAAGGAGGUCCUGGUGUCCAGCCUCGUGUCCAGCCUGCUCCAGUCCACCCACCUGCUUUACAAGAUGAACCUCUCCCCCAACUUUUGCAUAAUGCACCUUGAGGACAGACUCCAGGAGAUCUACUUCAAAAGUAAAAUGCUGGCAGAGUACCUGAAGGGACAGACUAGAGUGCACGUCAAGGAGCUGGGGAUGGUCCUGGGUAUUGAGUCCAGUGACCUACCCCUGCUGGCAGCGGUGGCAAGCACUCACUCUCCCUACGUGGCCCAAAUACUGCUAUAAUAGAUGGAACCAAAGCCAGAGGUGGCGGGUGACUGUGGACUGGAGCAGCCUGAUACUGUGCUUCACCCUGGCCCAACACGUCGGCUUGACCCUGUUCACCGAUGCCCUGCUGAUGCUCUGAGAGGGCCGGUGCAGUGCAGAGUCUCCUGGACAAGGUGUGCAUCCCAAAUUGCAUACUAUUCAGAAGUUGUGCACUAUGUAUGGAAUAGGGUAUCAUUUGAGAUGCAGAAGGGCCUCAUGGAUGGAUCUGAGACCUCAGCUACUGCUGCUGCCACUGGGCAAACAGACAUACUGGGCAUACAGACAUACUGCCACAAGGGGACAGCCGAGUCCAUGGUCUCCUCUGCUAGUAAGAGAUGAAGCUCUGUUGGCCCACUCCAGGCCAGAGAGGCAUGCUGCUGCUGUGGCCAAUUCUCCUGUUUUUCAGUGUUUUUCCCCCUCCUCUGCAUCAACAUUAUUUUAACCCGGUAUAAGGACAAGAAGGCCAAAUAAUUAUUCUGUUGAGUAUAAAUAAUAAUCAAGAUAUCAAUUCUAAAAUAUAUAUUUUUUAUAUCUACUACUUUCCCGUACAAUCUUUUACCCGUUUGAACAGGAAGCACAGGUGAUAGAUAGGAUGAGUUUUUUUGUUACUUGUAGUGAAUAUGAUCAAAUUCACUUUUAUUUCAAUUAUGUUUCUGUGUUCUUCAUGUAUUUGUUUACAAGUGUACUUGACCUGAAAUGUCUCCCUCAAUGAUCCAUAAUUCAUUGGAUUUCAUUUGAAAAUGAACUACACUAAUUAUAUAAACACAUUUAUUGUAAUUCUUAACUGCAGUGUAGCUUUAACAUUCUUGAUCACAGGUACAGCACUACCUCAGAUAUUUUGUGGCCGAUUGACGCUACACGCUUUUUAUAGUUGCCGACUAGAUAAGCCUGAGAGAAUUAUUUGUAUUUUUAAAUCAGUGGAAUGUUCAACUAAAACUGCGAACCCAAUGCUGAACUCUUUUUGAAAAAGGGAUGUUAAUAAUUACAUAUUUGAAAAUGGGGAAAACCUUUGUAAUUAUUUUUGGAAUACAACAAGAGCUCAUUUCUACUGCUGUAUGUGGAGAAAAAUAAACAAAAAAUGAUCUACAUAUAUUUUCAAACGGAAAUAUGUUCACAAGUUUAAAAUUUGUAUCGCUUUGACACCAUCAUACCAUGUUUACGGCUGUAUUGCAUGCUACAAAGGGAGAGUUUGUGGACUAUCUGUUAGCAAUACGUUUAUCAGUUCCUUAAACUAUACUCAAUGUUUAUGGCAAAACCAAUCAUUAAAAAAAUAAUUGCUGCAUUGAUUUUACAAAAGCAAGAUGCAAAACCACAAAUCUAAACCACAGAUUUGUUUUUAUUUUUUUAAUAAAUAUUUUUACCAACCAUGAAAUUCAUGUGUUGCAUUUCAUUUGGAAGUACUUUGUCUGGAGAGUGUGCCAUGUUAUGGUUUCUUAAUGAAACAUGUGGCAUGAAUGGAUCAGGGGCUUCUGAAGAAUUUAUUUUGCUGGUUGAAAUUAUUUUUACAUGCUUAUCAUGUAAGAUGCUAGGUCCUUCAGGAUAUGUUCUUAUUGCAUUUUGUAAAGCUCCUGAUUAUUUCUAUGAGGUAUGUCUACUUUUAUCUUUAUACAUGAAUAUUAAUAAAUUAUUUAGUAUGGUGUGUAACGGUUAAUGUAAAUAGUUUAUUUCCAUUUAUUUGUACAUAAUGUCUUUGAAUAUGAAUCGUUUCUAAAAUGAUCCUUUCCCAAUUUUAAGGGAAUGUUGUGCAAUAAAGAUGCCAAUGUUGUUGA